AGGCUCCGGCGGCCCAGCGCCACCUUUGAGCGAGGAGGAGAGGAGGCGGCUUGCGUUGGUCGACAUCGAGAACAGCCGGUGCCCCGUGAAGCAGGAGUACCUGAUCAGGGACCUGGGCCCCAGGGUGUUGGUUGAGGCGGUUUCCGGCAGGUCGGGCCAGGACGGCGACGUGGCCAUGGCGCCGAAGCUGAGCAAGCGCCAGCAGAAGAAGCAGAGGCAGCAGAUGCAGAAGGAGCAGAGGGAGAAGCGGGACGCGGAGGGGGGGAAGCAGAAGCCCACGGGGCUGGUGGACGAGACGAACUUCCCCCACAACGGCCUGCUGUUUCGGCUGCGCCGCUCCGAGUACCAGUUCCCGCGCUCGGACGCCGUGCUGAGGGAGAUGGGCAUCUCCAAGUCGCACGCCACGCGGCAGCCGGCCGCCAAGCCGGAGGCGGAGCCCGCGGAGGAGGAGGAGGACGAGCCCGAGGAGCCCGGCGGCGCCGAGGGCGACGCCGGCGCGGGGGGCGAGCCGGCCGCCAAGAGGCCCAAGGUAGAGGAGGAGCCGUCUCGGGUGGGCCCGGCCAUCAAGAAGGAGCGUAAGCCAGUGGAUUUCAAGGGCAAGACCGUGCUCGCGCCCUUGACCACCGUCGGCAACCUGCCGUUCCGCCGCCUGUGCAAGAAGCUCGGAGCCGACAUCACGGACGAGGACGUCUUCGGCGUGCAGCUGGCUGGGGGCUUCGCCGACUCCCUGGCGACCUGCGCGGAGUGCGUCGCGAACGAGAUGGAGGUGGACUUCAUCGACAUCAACUGCGGCUGCCCCAUAGACCUGGUGGUCAACAAGGGAGCCGGCUCGGGCCUCAUGCGCAAGCUCAACCGCCUCGAGGAGAUCGCGAAGUCCGUGGCGCGAUCGGCGGCGCCAGUGCCGCUGACGCUGAAGCUCCGGAUGGGCUACGAGGACAACAACCCGGUGGCCCACACCGUGGUGCCCAAGCUGGCCGAUUGGGGCGUGAGCGCCGUCACGCUCCACGGCCGCAGCCGGGAGCAGAGGUACAGCAGGGACGCCAACUGGGAGUACAUCUGGGACUGCGCGAAGAGCAGCUCGGUGCCCCUCAUCGGCAACGGGGACGUGUACGACUUCGAGGACCAGGUGCGCGCGCUGACAGGCCAGUCUGGAGCCGCGUCCUCCGUCAUGGUGGCCAGGGGGGCGCUGUACAAGCCGUGGGUCUUCAAGGAGAUCAAGGACGGCAAGCGCUGGGACAUCUCGAGCGGCGAGCGCCUCGACCUGCUCAAGGACUACGCGCGCUUCGGCAUGGAGCACUGGGGCGCCGACCCCAGGGGCGUGGAGACCACGAGGAAGUUCAUGCUGGAGUGGCUGUCCUACACCUGCAGGUACAUACCCGUCGGGCUCCUCGAGAUCGCCCCCCAGAGGCUACAGUGGCGAAAUCCAACUUACCGCGGCAGGGACGACCUGGAGACCCUCAUGGCGAGCGAGAAUCCGGUGGACUGGGUGCGCCUGUCCGAGAUGGUGCUGGGACCGGCGCCGGCCGGCUUCAGCUUCCAGCCCAAGCACAAGAGCUCGGCGCACGCCAAGAACGAGCACGAGGUGCAGGGCUGA